AUGGCCACCAGGGGGCCUCAGUCCCUCUCAGGGACAGUCAGCUCUGAGUUUGUCUUCACCCUGAACCCUCCAGCUCCUGUCAAGCUGUCCCACCCUGCCUCCUCUCCCUCUUCCACUUUUGCUGUUGCUCCCCAUUCUCCUCCCUCCUGGCCCCCAAAGACACACCUGGACUCCCAGUCAGCCUUCUCCCUCCAUGAGGGGCAGGGGGAGGUGCAGGGGGCCUUGGAUGCGGCCCCACAGCCUCUUCAUUUGGCUUUACCUGGGGACCUCAGGGACCUGAGACAGCAACACUACCAUGAUGCAUCAACAUUAACAGACCUUUGCUCAGACCUGCCGGAGCUUGAGAUAGUGAGCCUCCUAUCAGAGGGUCAGCCCAACUACACUCUGCGAGCAGACAGCGUGUUUGGAUACGACAAUGACGACUGGCUGCACACUCCUCUGCUGGGACCAGAGGUCGUUCUGGGACUCACACACGAGCAGAUUGAGGAGACCUUCAAGUACUUCUUGCUGUGCUCAGACAGGGUGGGCCAGGUCACCAAGACGUAUCAUGACAUCAAGGCGGUCACCCACCUACUGGAGGAGAAAGAGCGCGAUCUGGAGUUAGCAGCGCGGAUCGGCCAGUCCCUCCUGAAGCAGAACCAAGAACUGACCACACGUAAUGAAAUGCUGGACGAGCAGCUUGAAAUUGCAAAAGAAGAGAUUGCUCAACUUCGUCAUGAGCUCACGAUGCGAGACGACCUUCUUCAGUUCUACGCCAGCACUGAGGAGAUGGAGAACGCCGAAGCACACUCACUAAUGAAAAGGAAUAGCUCAUGCACUUCUCUCAGCAACUUCGUCCACUACGACUUCCUUCAGCAGAAACUGAAGGAUUUAGAGGACGAAAACCGCAAACUGCGAGUAGAGGCCAACGAUCUCACGACAGAAACAACAAACUACGAGGAGCAAGAGCAGGAGCUGAUGAUGGUGUGUGUGGAUGAGCUCACGUCUCUUAAUAAGCAGGUGGUCGACCUGUCUGAGGAGCUGGCACGGAAAGUAGAGGACUCUCUCCGACAACAGGAAGAGAUCAGCUCACUGCUCGCUCAGAUUGUUGACCUGCAGGCUCGAUGCAAAGGGGUCACAAACGAGAAUGAAGAGCUCAACCAGAACCUGAGUGCUUCCCGUGAAAGUCAACAAAAACUGAAAUCAGAGCUCAAGGACCUGCAGGACAAGUACUCCGAGUGUGAGGACAUGCUGCGUGAGGCCCGAGAGGACAUUAAAAACUUGAGGAAUAAAAGCCUUCCCAACAGUACGGUGCAGCGGUACACUGCGCUGGCCUCCGUCCUCCCAAUGGACUCGCUGGCUGCAGAGAUAGAGGGCACCUUCCGUAAAGGCCUGGACAACCCGGCUCCCUCAGAGUACAAGAACCACCCGUGGCGUGUGUUUGAAACAGUAAAGGUAGUGAACAAGGCUGUGAGGUUGCGGUCUCAGUGCCCCUCCCCGGGUCUGCCAGGAUCCAACCCUUUAUCCACUCGCUCCAGCUGUGCCAGCACCCCCCGAACCAGCUACUACGGUUCAGAUAAUAUCAGCAUCACUCUGGAGGACAAGCCCAGCUCCAACAGUACUCACAAAGAAGACAACAGUAUUAGUGGGCCAAAGCGUCUGGGCCAGCCAGGUACACCUGGAGGCCAAGACCUGGAAGCGGCCUUGCGAAACCUGUCAGCUCGCCAGCAGAACCACUCCUCAGAGCGGCCUUUCUUUGACGUGGAGCGGGAACGUAAACUUCAUGCCUUGGUAUCAAACUGCGAGGAGGGCGAAUGCUCCAGCGGCUUCCUGACCCCAAACGACAGCCUGGUCUCCAGCCCAGCAGCAUCGACGGGCACCAACUACUCCAACGGAAGCUCACGGCACUCCUGUGGCUCCUCAGGAGGAUCCAGAUCCUACCUGCCAGACCGCCUGCAGAUUGUCAAACCUCUGGAAGGCUCGGUGACUCUGCAUCAUUGGCAGCAGCUGGCCAAACCGAACCUUGGAGGCAUCCUGCAUCCACGCCCGGGCGUCCUGACUAAAGACUUCAGGGAGCUGGAGGUGGACUUGCAGCACAUCUACAGUCUGAACGACCUGGAGGAGGACGAGCCUGACCUGUCGCAGAUGUCUGGCGCUCACGGCAUGGUCUCUCCAUCCGGUCCAAACCUCCCUCAGACCUCUCCCACACAUACCAUAACCACCUGCCAAGUCCUCCAACCCUCCAUCCUCAUCCCCUCAUUCUCUACUAGCCUUCGCUCUUUCAGCAUGCCACCUUGUCGGAACUGUGAGCUCGUGAGCACUGCAUCGCCAUCUUACCCGCAGCACUUUGGCCCGGGAGGCCAGACCACCCCCACCAUCAUGACCACCACCACAAACAGCACCCCAUCACCACUUGGACUUGUGCAGCUGCUGCGAGAGCACGGCAUCUCAGCUUCUACUCAAGUCCAUCACAACCUGCGCUACAGCCAGAGCACCAAACCUUCAGGCUCAUCGUCGACAGACAAAGCUGGAGGCUCACGAUCAUCGGGCAGAGAGGGAAGAAGAAACAUUUUCAGUUGGAACUUGGUGGCAAAGCUUCAAAGUCUUGGUUUGCACAGAGUGGCAGCUUUGGGAAUGAAAGGACUUCACGAAGCAGAGAGAAAGACGGACGUCGUCUGAAGGUUUGAUGGGUGCUGUUCACACGUUAACUCCUCUCUCAUUCACCCGAGUGACUUUGAAUCAUGAUUCAGACGGAGCAGUCCAGGGAGCUCACAGCCACAUGAAGUCCUAGAGCCAUCAGUUAGGUUGUUUGUAGUGUACAGUAAUAUUAUUUUCUAUGAAUGUGUGUACAGUAGUUGUGUGUGCAUCUUCAUCUCAGGACAUCUCCUGAUCACCUGAUCAACACUUUAUUUGACCUUAAUAUGAUAUCUACCUGCUUUUUACACAAAGAAAAAAACAUCAUGAAGAAAAUCAUAUUUUUAUACUUUGUUUUGUGGUUUUCAUUUUACACACUACACCUGUAUGACCUGUUUUUCUUUUGUCUUUCAGUUUCCAAAGUGGAACAUUAGUUAUGUGUGUGUAUAUAACAAAGCAGUCACUUAGGAAAAAAAGAAAAGACUUAAUGCAGUAAGUUAUUGUUAUUUGAAAGCACGAAUGAAACCAAUGCUCUCACACUGAAGAACUUUGAAAUGCACUAAAGAACACUCCGGUCUUCCUGCUCAUAAGCUGCUUCAUCAAGAAAGGCACGUUGUAAAAAAAACAAAAAACUGUCAAGUUAAACACUUCAGAAGUUGAUUUAAAAAAAUAAAAAUAAAAGCAAUGCAAAGACACUGACUGAAACGUUUUGAUAUCCUGUAGCUGUUUGCUCUGCAGUUAAAUCACCUGCUUUCACAUGGUACAUGCUGUCAUGGCUGCAGUUUGACUCUGAAGCUGUUUGAGUCAUCGAACCUUGUGGAUUUCAUCCUGAGCCAGAACUCACCUUAAAUAAUCAGGUCUGCCACGCUGCAUCAAAGACUGUGGAUGUUAUUUUUUGUUGUUGUUUUUUUCACAUGUUUGUGAACUGUUCUUCUGAAAAUUUUGCUGUAUUCAAUGUCAUCAGGGAUUUUGAAAUCACUGGGAUAUCAAUGAACUCAAUUGUUUUGUGAAUUCUCCAUGACGUUAUUUAAAUGACAAGUAGAAGAGUGUUCAUUUUUAUAUAGACAGCAUUAUUCUUCAAAAUCACUGUCAAGCAAUCAUCCGUAGCAAAAAGGCAUAGGAAACUGUAGAUUAAAAAGGGAAGAAACCAUGAACACAGGUUGUAAUAAUCUGUGUUGUGACUUGAAUCAACCAAACCACACUGCACUGCUGUUUCUUCUGUGUUUGCAUCAAAGCUGUACAUAUGUAUGUGUACAAUUUUUACCACCUGUGGAUAAACUUUGCAUUUUCAUCGAA